CUCAUUUUUGAAAAAUUUCCCCUUUUCUUUCUGUUUUAGUGUGGCGUGAAAGCGAAGUCUCUCUCUAUCUCUUUCCCCCUCUCUCUCUCUCUCUUGCCUGUUUCUUUCACAACUCUAUGCCCUCUCCGCCCCGCUGCUUCCCUCUGUAAUUUCCCUUUGUUGAUUCUCUGUCCAUCUCUUUCUCCGUCUGCAACGAGUUUUGGCGUAUUCAAUUCCUUCCCUUGUCUGUCACGCCCACUCCGUGAAAAUCGAGCUGAAAGCUCUGUUUCCUGAGAAGUAGAUAGUUUUGAGAAGGGGGGAAAAAGGGAUUCUUUCUCUGUUCUGCUCUGUUGCCGGCGGUCGGUGGAGAUGUUGGUCGAGAGGAGAGUGAUGAUGAGCUGGCGGAGAGUUGGCAAGUCUCUGCAAGGCCUUGUAGCCCAUACCCUUCUCUUCACUUUCACCCUUUUGCUUGCGCUCAAGUUACAGCUCUCUGUUUCCUACUCAUGGUGUUCUUUUCACAUUAUUAAGUUGUAUCUUGCUUGUCUGUUGUCAUGCAGUGUUAUUUUUGCACCUUUGUGGCUAUUUCAUGCAGUCAUAGCUCGUGGCCGGUUUUCUUUACCAGCUCCAUCAAUGCCUCAUGAUCGCCACUGGGCACCAACACAUGCUAUCUUGGCAACACCAUUGCUUCUUGCUUUUGAACUUCUCCUUUGCAUACACCUGGAAGGCAGUUAUGUUGUAGACUUGAAGAUUGUGUUCAUGCCAUUGAUAGCAUUUGAAAUGGCUAUUCUGAUUGAUAAUAUCAGGAUGUGCAGAGCUCUUAUGCCUGGGGAUGAAGAUAGCAUGAGUGAUGAACAAAUAUGGGAGACCCUUCCUCACUUCUGGGUGGCAAUAUCCAUGGUCUUCUUCCUUGCCGCAACAGUAUUCACUCUUCUGAAAUUAUGUGGUGACGUGGCAGCUCUUGGUUGGUGGGAUUUAUUUAUAAACUAUGGUAUUGCAGAGUGCUUUGCUUUUCUGGUCUGUACAAAGUGGUAUAAUCCAGUGAUUCAUGAUCAUUCUUACAUUGGAGGAUCUAGCUCGUCUUCGAUGGGUAUUGGGUACCUGGACUGGAAUAGGGGUUCAAUGUUUUCUUCAGAUGAAGAUACAAGUACUAGAAUAUGCAACCUGCAAGAUAUUGGAGGACAUUUCAUGAAAAUUCCUUUUCUUACUUUCCAAAUCAUGCUCUUUAUGCGGUUGGAGGGAACACCAGCUGGUGCCAGAAAUAUACCAUUUCCUUGUCUUUUUGCUCCUCUCUUCAUGGUACAAGGAGCUGGAGUACUUUUUGCUGCUUAUAGAUUGGUUGAGAAAAUUGUGCUUUUACUGAGAAGUGGAGCUUCUGCUGGUAGCUCCUUUGCCCUACUGUCAAAGGCUCGGGAGUUUCUUGGAUUCAUGCGACGUGGAUCUAGGUUACUUGGUUGGUGGUCAAUUGAUGAAGGAAGCAGAGAGGAGCAAGCUAGACUGUAUCAUGGGAGCAGUUCUAGCUACAACACUUUCUCUCCAGACAUUGUCAGGAAGAUGUCCAAAUCAGAACUUGUGGACGAGAUAUGGAAGCUACAGGCUGCACUUAGUGAGCAAACGGACAUAACAAAGUAUAGCCAGCAGGAAUUCGAAAGACUGCAGAAUGAAAAGAUCCUGUGUAGAGUUUGCUUCGAGGAACAUAUCAAUGUAGUCAUACUUCCUUGUAGACAUCAUGCUCUCUGCAGCACAUGCUGUGAGAAAUGCAAGAAGUGUCCACUCUGCCGUGUUCCCAUAGAGGAGCGCAUGCCUGUAGAUGACGUGUAGCGCCUAACUGGAGGUUCGCCUGUUUCUUAUAGAGAAAGAGAAGCCUUCCUUGCUGCCUUAGGGUUUUAGGUUAAGCAUGCAAUGAGAAGCUGGUAAAUAUUAAUGUUAUUCCACAGUCUUUGUUCUCCUAGCUGAUCAAGUUUUAAUGCAAGUUUCUUAGUUGAAACCCUUGAUCGAAUCAUAGAAACUGUAAAUAGAAGUGUUAACCAAGUCAGAAGUAUAGCCUUCUUGCUCAGUAGUAGCUCUUGUUUUUGUUCUAGUUGGUCACCUUUGAUUUUGGCGGGAAUUGACAGCAAGCUCAAGCAAUGUAUUGUUGUAAGAACAAGCAGCAUAUGUAUCAGAAAUGUAAUAUAUAUCUCAAUCCCCGAUUACACGAAGCACCUUUCAGAAAUUUUGUUCUGCUUCAAUUGCUCUUAUUACCACUGAAGUUCUUCACCCCCCUGGUAUUUAUUACUUUUCAUUCCCAUACUGGAUGUUUAUUUCUGAACUGAAGGUUCCUGAAGAAGCUGCCUGUCUUUGACAAUCAUGGGAUUUCAGCAUCCUGCAUCCUGCAUCUCACGAUUCGUGUUGAAGGUUGAGCGCGAAAUCAGCGAACACUUGAUCGACAGUCUGAAAGGUUUCGUCGGGGUAGAGGCUGCUGGCUUCUACAUCGUUGACACCAUCGAUCUCGAAGUUCGAUUGGCAGCCCUUGAUGAAUAUGUCGUGGGUGAAGGAUGCAACUAUGCUCUCCGGAAUCCGAUUCUCUCAGCAGCAAGAGCUAGCAGGUCGGCUUCUGUAACUGUAACGCGAGGGAUGGUCCUGCCGAGCUUCUCCUCCCACAGAGAAGCCAGCUCGUUCAUGUUGUGGUAGUUCACCGCGGGUCGAAAAUGGACCGACUUGUUCAAGGCUCGAGGGUCGUCCACCGUCUUCAUUGUGAACUUCCCGAUGUCAGCUCCAGUCACAAAGUAAGCUUUGGCGGCGCCGUCGGCGUAGAUGGGGAGGUGGUGGAGGGGAGGAGGGAGGUCGGAAGGGUGAGUGUUGUCGUGGUAAGGCCAUGAAGCGAUGGAGUUGCAGCAGAUGUAAGUGUAUGGGAUGUGGUUUUGUUCGAUGGAGCGCCUCACUUGCCUCUUUUGCUGAUAGAAGGACAGCCCUGGCUCCACUGGGUUUGCUCUGUCUACGUCGUGACCGAACUCGGAUGGCAAAAACCUCUUAAUGGUACCAACCGAUUUGAUAGCCUGGACAAGUGUAAUCUGGUCAAGCAAAUUCCCUCCACCUACCACUGAUAUCACGACCUCAAUUUCAUUCUCUUUCAAUACCUUCUCCAAGCUUUCCCUCUCUGAUAUCGAACCCUGUACGAUGAUGGCACCUUUGUCCCGGAGAGACUCAAGUAUUUGGACUUUUGAAGGGUCGCCGGCGGCGGAAGAGGUCAACCGAGUGAGAAGGUAGGUGGGUCGACCGGCGUCCAGGCUGGCCUCCGCCACAUGCCGGCCGAUGAGACCCGUCGCUCCGAUGAUCAGGACCCGGCUUUUGACGUUGGGAGUCGCCGGAGCCAUAUGAAUCGGCCGCCGGUGAUAUGUAACGUGAGAAGUUAAGACUUUUGGGUAAAAUAUAAUGAGCAAACUUUUGUU